UCGGUAGAGUCAGUAUCAAAACGUGACUAGUGUUGAACAGUGCAACCAUGAGCCACCCGCCACCGUACUACGGGCCACCGCCACCAUGGCCACCCCCGCCGCCGCAGCAGCCGCAUCUCUACCCGCCCCACCCGCCACUCCCAGGCCACUUUCCACCACCACCACCGCCCGACCAAUCCGGGACAUACCCGCAUCCAUACCCCUACUACAUGCCGAUGAUGGCGAUCCCCGUUGGCGUCCCCACAGGCCCCCCACCGAGUGACCCUUCAAACCCCACGUAUAUCACCAACUACAUAUACCACGGAGAAACAUCCAAUCAACCCCAGGGGCCACCGGUGGGAGACGCGGUGCAGGUCGUCGAGACUUCUGGAGACUUCGAUUGGAUCCCAACUACCUCCACCACAGCGUCGCAUUUGAGUGGAAAAGCUGUUUUGGGAGGUCACGAAGGUUGGGACGGCAGUCCUCUAUGGGUAAUCAGGUCCUGGCAUAACGGAGACCUGAUACCAGGGAAACUAUCAGUGAGGCACAACGCUGCGUCAAUAAUGUACAACGGAAAAGAAGUCCCUGUUCAGAAUAUUGAAGUGUUGUGUGCUCGACCGGAGAAUCUGCGAUGGGUGCCAGCUUCAAACGGAAAUAUACCUCCGAGUGCCAUAGAAGGAGGCAGAACCGCAUCAGGAGAGACUUUAUACAUAGGCAGAGCGAGGUACCAGCUGUCGAUAACUCCUGGAAAGGUGCAGCCAAGCCACAACUGUUGCUACAUCGGGUUCGGUGGUUCAGAAGUGUCUCAUCGGGUGUACGAUGUCCUGUGCAGGAUCAGUUAGUACCACCACGCCUGCGAAUGUGCUGUGAUAUUUUGAUACGAAAGAGACUACAAAUAUUUAGAUUUAAUGGAUGCCGUAAGUCUACUAGAGUAGAUUUUUAUGCAGCAUGAUUAUUGUUGUGUAAUAUCUGUCCAUCUUCUCUGCAACAGUGUAUUUUUUGUAAAGAAUCAAUGGUGUAAUUUUUCAUAAAUGUGUAAAUUAUGAUUCUUUGAAAAUCCGACUGUUAUUUAUCAAACGGAUUAUAUUAUUGUAAGGAUAAAGUGCUGGAAUUUAGCACAUUGUAGUCAUGUUAUCGGUGGAAGUCCGGGCUAUCUGACUGACGUGAUCGAUAAAUUGGAAACACGCUGAUAAUAAAGAUAAUGUUCAGUAAGAAUGU